GCGUAUAUCGUAUUAUGCUGCGCGAGUAGAAGUGAUUUUCCCAAUUCGAUUUGUGUACCCUUGUCCUGUGCUUUCUUUACACAGGGACAACGCCACUGUGUAUGUAGCAUUAUGCAAUAAUUAUCUGAUAGCAGAAAUUAGUGCCUUUUUCUCCAUUUAUUAGCAUGGGCUUCGCUUUUUCUUCUUUUCUUUCUUUUUUUUUGGCAGUUAUAGCUAUUCAAGCAAAAGUACGUGUAAUUUUUCAUGGCUCUUUUAUUGUUUCACUGCUAAAGCAGAAGAAAAUCACUUGGUAAAGCUGAAUAGUGUUCUAUCAUGGAAAGUGGGUUUGUUUGUUUUUGUUUGUUUGUUAGAUUUUGUUGGGUGCUCGAUGAAGUAAGCAGUGCUUAAUCGUGCAGUUAUGGGUAUUUGAGCAGUCUGAGCCAGGAGUAGAAAUUCCAAUAAAGCACCUCUCCUUGUGCAUUCCUGAGCUGCUGUGUGCGCGCGCGUGUGUGCUUUUUUCCCGGUUUGUGACGUCAUCAUGGCAUGUUGGGGCUUGUUUAGCAGUGUUACGAUUUUACCCGCCAUUAGUAUCUUGUUGUUAUCUUGUGCUAGCCGCGUAGCGAUGUGUGGUGACUCUGCGAUUAUUCCUGAGGUCUUAAGCCUUUUCCCUCAUCGCUUAAGUGAAUUUGUGUACCCUUGUCCUGUGGUUUCUUUACGACGAUGCGGCUGUGCAUGUAGCAUUAUGCAAUAAUUAUCUGACAGCAGAAAUGGGUGUUUUGUCAGUUGAUGGUAGUUUGUUAGCAUGUGUUUAAUUUUUGAAGUCAUAGCUAUUUUGCUAUUCGAGCAGAAAUGCUGGUAUCUGAGGGUUUAACGCUGAGGGUAGAAAUUCCUGUCUGAGAUGAAUCUGCAUUUCACUGCAACUUGUUUCAUUUAAGUAAUAUUAUUGAAAUUCCACAGCCACUGUGAACAAAAAGGGAUGGUUGUGCGCCUGAUCAUGGAAGCAACUUGCAUAUCGGAAUGACACGUGAUGAUAGCGAACUUUGCACUCAGGUGCGGCAAUGGUGUAGGCGGACUGAGCAUUACGUGAAGCCAAGGGCAAGCUGCGACCUUGAACAUGCAGAGCAAGUUUAUUUUUAGGCUAUGACAACUCCUCGCACCCAUGCAUGUUGGGGCAUGCAGCGAGGUCGCCGCUAUAUAAGUGGGGAGGAUGUGUAAAGAGGCAGCAGUCUUCGCAUCGCUUCGGGAGUGUGCGGAGCUCGCUUCAAAAUGCCUAGAUGCGUGUUCUGCUUUUUUGAUCCUCAUGAUAUCGGUGAUGAUGAGCCAUUGGAAGAGAAUUCACCAUCUUCUCCAGACAUUUCAUCUGGCACAUUGCAUGCUCACGUCGAGCGAUCACAUCCCUAUGUGGACAUUUCCUUCCUGCCUUUCUUUCAAACUGAUAGUGCAUUUCGAGGUACCGUCAAAGCGUUUGUGCUAUUGGCAUCUGUUCACGAUCAGGGAGUAGAGGACUUGCGACAAUAUUUAAUGAACCACCUCCACAAUAUAAUUGCUAUUUUGCGAGCACAAAGAAUACCCUUUAGAUUUUGCAUUUGUUCUGAUGUUCUAAUGAUGAAAGAAAAUCGAGGGGAUAUAACCGCACACAUAGCUCAUUUUAUGGCGCUUGCUCGCGAAGUCCACAGCGACGGAGCUAUUGCAAAUACUUUGAUGGACGUGAUUCAGGAGUCCACCGGGCGCAUUGAAAAUUACCAGCGUGAGGGUAGUGGGUUUGUAUCCACAGACGUCCAAAAAGUUCAAAUGUGUAUUUCCGCUGUGAAAACUAAAAAGUUUGGAUGCGAGGGGGUACUUCCCACAAAUUUGGCUAAACGCAGGAAUGUGUUAACGAAUAUCCAUUUACCAGCACGCAAGGAGGGUGAAUGUUUUAAAUACAAUACACUCGCUCUCCUGCAUCCACAGGAAAGGAAUUCGUGGAAAAAAUGUGAAAAUUAUGCAGCAGAUUACUGGUGGCCAAGCCGCUUCCCUGUUUCAUUCUCUGAUCUGGAUGAAUUUGAAGUCCAAAACGAGAUAUCCGUGUAUGUCUACGCCUAUGUUGAUCAGGGAGUGCACGUGUCGCGACCCGCAAAACUGGAAUUCGAAAAGAAAAUUCAUCUUUUGGAGGUUGAUGAGCAUUUUUUUGGAAUAAAGUCCCUCGAACGCUUGUUGACAACAAGAAGUAACCAUUUUGUAUGCGAACGCUGCACACGCUCUUUCGUGAAGGAAGAGAGCAUGGCGAAACAUCGACGCCUUUGCACGGACAUAAACGAAAUCCUGUUGGAAUUUUGCGAGCCGGGAAAAAAUUUUGUAGAGUUUACUAAAAUACAGUACAUGCAACAGUACAACUAUGUCGUUGCGUUGGACACUGAGAGCGUACUCGCACCCAGUGGUGUUGGCAUGCAACGUCACAUUACCUCUAGCUUCUGUGCUGUGCUCGUGCGUACCCAUGACUCAAAGGUGAUGCGCAUUAGAACACACCAUGGGGAAGAUGCGGCAAAGCAGUGUGUGAAGGCACUCAUGGAAAUGCGUGAUGAAAUGAUUGCCUUGAACGCCUGCCCCGCUGCAAUGGUGUUGAGCGAUGAACAACAGGCCAAGCACAGAGCUGCUACCCACUGCGCAUACUGUAAACUGGAAUUCGCGAAAGACCUACCUCGUGUCCGGCAUCAUGAUCAUUCGAAGCAUUGUACUGCGGGUGAGACAAAUUAUAUCGCUACACUGUGCAACCCCUGUAACGUCGCGUGCACUACCAGAGAAAAAUUGCCGAUCAUGGUCCACAAUUUGUCUUAUGAUCUGGCUGGACUGUUACGGGAAUUUCACGUUCUCGGGUGGAAGCGACCUCCCUUCAUUGUGGCCAGCUCCAUGGAAAAAAUUCGUUCGUUCGAAAUUGGUACCUUCCUCUUCAGAGAUACCAUGCAGUACCUAAAUUCGUCGUUGGGGGACCUCGUGGAAACCGUCAAAUCCAUGGGGGGAGCCGAGGCGUUCCAAUGCUUGAAGCAGGUAUUUGGAGACGACUACAAAAUUUUGCUUCGUAAAGGUGUGUUCCCUUACAGUUACCUUAGUUCUUUUGCAGUGUACGACGAGUUGAGUCUCCCAGAAAAAUCCGCUUUUCGAAAUGAUCUAACUGGGGAAGAUGUAAGCGAUGAGGACUACCAGUACGCUGUGCAUGUAUUUGAACAUUUUGGGUGCUCGAGUUUACGGGAUUAUAACACAUUGUACCUGAAAACGGAUGCCCUCUUACAUGCAGACAUAAUGCAGCACUUCCGACGCCUGUGCUACAGCGCACGCGGAUUGGAAUUGCUUCAUAGCGUUUCUCUGGCAUCCUAUUCGUGGCAAUGCGCGUUAAAUUAUACGAAUGCAAAAUUGGAAUUGAUUACCGAUGAGGAAAUGUACAGAACCAUCGAAUCGGGCGUUAGAGGUGGGCUCUGUCAGGCGAGCAGGCGUCAUUUGCGUGCCAAUAACCCUCUGUGUAGCGGCUAUGAUCCUGAUCAAGAGGAGGUGUACAUAUCAUACAUAGAUUGCAACAAUCUUUACGGAUUUAGUAUGAUAAAGCACCUCCCUGCCGGUGAUUUCGAAUGGGUCGAGGAUUUUAGCUCCGUGGAUUUUAUGCAUCACCCCACGGAUUCGGAGGUGGGGUAUGUGUACGUAUGUGACUUGGAGUAUCCAAAAUCUAUCCACGCUCUAACGCGAUACUUCCCCCUGGUUCCCGAGAAGGCAGUCGUCCCGAAGGAAUGGCUCUCGCCAUUCCAGCGAGGGCUUCUCGAAGAAUUAAUGUAUCAGCCUGCUAACAGCAAAAAGCUGUUGCUCACGUGCAACGACAAGGUCGAGUACGUCGUUCAUUACGCGUUGCUCGCACUCUAUUGUAGAUUGGGCAUGAGGGUGACAAAAAUUCACCGAAUCCUAAAAUUUCGCCAGGCACCAUUCCUGCGUCCCUACAUCGAGGACAAUGUUGCCAGGCGCGUUGCCUCGAGCACAACGUUCGAAAAAAAUUUCUAUAAACUCUCAAAUAAUGCGGUAUUCGGGAGAACGCUUUUAAAUAAAUUUAACAUGCGUGAUAUUCGAGUAGCCUUCGAUGAGGAGACGGCGAGUCGCCUCGGGAGUCGGGCAGAAUGCGUGCGGAUGGAAAUUUUGUCCCCAGAUUGUGUCAUGUACGAAAUGCGCAAAAGAAAAGUGCGAUGCGAUUUCCCGCUCCAGAUUGGGUUUACGAUUUUAGAACUCAGUAAAUUAACCAUGUACUCAUUCUACUACGAAACUCUGCUGAGCAAGCUCACUUGUCCGGUGAUUACCUGCUACUUUGACACGGAUUCUUUGAUCCUCGGCCUAUUCUGCAAGGACUACGAAGAUCAGUUACGAGCGAUCGCCGACGACCACUUAGAUUUGUCUUCCUUUGAUCGGGAUCAUCCACUGUACAGUGAAAAGAAUCGUGGAAGACUUGGGGCAUUCAAAAGCGAAACUGGUAGUGUACCUAUCGAAGAAGUAAUAUGCUUGAAAGCUAAAAUGUACUCUAUCAAACUAGCUGGAGAAAAGCAAAUUGCAAGAGCUAAAGGGGUAAAGAAAAAUAUUGUACGCAAGCACCUCCUCCAUGAGACAUACCACGAUACCUUGUUCAAUCACACGAGCGUAUCGAAUGAGCAAGUGUCAAUAGUUGGAAAGAAACAGUGCAUGUACACCAUCAGAAAUGUCAAAAGAAGUCUGAUGGCAUAUGACGACAAGCGAUACCUCUGCAAUGACAUCGAAUCCUACCCUUACGGAAGCUGUGAAUAUGAAGAUGUGCAGGAAGAGAACUGAUACUUCUGUGACAUGCUGUUCUCGCGUGCUGUCUGGGACUCAGCCGUGGAUGGAGAAGGACGAACGCCUGGGUGAUCCACAUGGUACUUAUGCGAAAAACGCCAUGGAUGUUAAUGGAAAUGUCCAGUGUGCCUGGAAGUGCCCCAGAGAGAACUACAAUCUCUCUGAGACUGCCAUGAUGUACUCAAUAAACAUUGAAAACUA